AUGAAAUCGAGUUGCAAUGGGUGUCGCAUUCUCCGCAAAGGCUGCAAUGCUAAUUGCAUAAUCAGGCCUUGUCUUGAGUGGAUGAACUCUCCUGAGUCCCAAGCCAACGCCACCCUCUUUCUUGCAAAAUUCUAUGGUCGUACUGGCUUGCUCAACCUCAUCACUGCUGCUCCACAGCACCUUGGCCCAGUUGUGUUCAGGUCACUGUUGUAUGAGGCAUGUGGGAGAUUGGUGAAUCCCACUUAUGGGUCAUUAGGUUUGUUUUGGACUGGGGAAUGGGCCCAAUGCGAAGCUGCAGUUGAUGCCGUGUUGACUGGGUCCAAAAUCAAUGGUGUGGCACCUUCUGAUGGCCAUACCUCAGGGACACUUGCUAGUGAUCAUAUUCUCUCAACAUGUGAUAUACGCCAUAUGAAGAAUGGGACAAAUGUGGAUGACAUGAGAGGUAGAAUUCAGUUCAAGAACGUCAAACAGGUUAUCAAACCAAAACCUCGAAUGGGUUCGAUCGACUCAACUAUGUUAUGGAAACCCAACUGCCAGAGUCAGAGCAUGGAAACUAUCGAGGCUUCAUUGGUGAGCCAAGAUGAGUUGAACCGAGUUCGUAAAAUCAAGUUGGACUUGGAACUCACUCUUGGCUUUCGUUGCCAAUCGACCAAUGGCAAGAAAACACAUUAUUGAUUUUUAUUGUUGUUCAUUUUUUUUUAAUUUAAUAUAUGCUUAACUUUGGAGGGAAAUCAUUAGUCAAAUAGAUUUUUUUCAAUCAAUUAACGUGAAAUUAGUUAUUUUUAAUAUAUUAUUUGUAACCAUAUUCCAAUGCAUCAUUUUUAGCCAUGUACUAAGCUUGACGAUAA